AGCUGUUUGGCCCAGACCACGGAAUCUUAAUAUGGAUCCUGAGUUGCAACGGCCUUUGUUAAAGAGGCGUGGCCAGGCGCCUGGCCAUGAAGGCACACUGUCAGGACAAAGCCAGGCGGACUUAGUGAGCCGGCUUGUACAAGACUAUUCACUUCAGCCGCCGCCUCGAUGCUUGCAGUGCCUGGAGACCAGUGGAUACCUCUUGCAGAUUGCGCUGGGAAUCUUGAGAAUCCUUGCUCCGAUUGUGAUAUGGUCAUUUACUGCAUUGUACUACCUUUACAAGAUCAUCCCAAAGCAAGAGCUGCUGGUGAUCUAUGGGUGUGCACUCUGCUUCUUUGGUGGUGAGUUUUGUGCAUCCAUUGCAGCUGUUGAGUGCUUUCGCCGAACUGGGGGUGACAAGCUGCUGUUGUGCCUGCAGGACUUGGCGACCAACAUCCAAAUAGCAAAUCAGGCGUCCAUCGAGGAUGACAAGGCUGCUGGCCGCGACCUGGCUCAACUCAGCCCAAAGGAUUGGUACCAACAUAAGGCCGGAGUUGUGUUGAAAGCUGUAGACCCUGACACAGUCGUCAAGGCUUGUGCUGGCCUGUAUCAGGGCUUCUUAGGACUGUUGGUGUCCUUGAAAUUCAAGUUCGCUUGGACCGUUGCUCUUGCAUGCUCCAUCGCUGAUCUUCUGCGAAAACCAGUGGCGCUUGUGGUGACACCCAUUAUGGUGGCGUUGAUGCCGAAGGGCUAUCACAAGUGGAUCAAUCAAAUCAUCAACUUGACCUUGAAGGCAAUCGCUGUGCACAUGGCGUGGAAGCUUCAGGAGGUGAUCAGUGCGGUGCAAAGUGGUCUUUUAGGUGCCAGCUUGGUUGGCACCGGAGUGCUCACGCUCACUUACCAAGGCUUUUCAUGGGUAUCUGGUGGUCGUUGCUGCAAGCGAAAGUUUGAUCCAGACAAGAGCUAUUUGGAUGAGCUUGUUGGGCUGCCCCUUGCAGCUUUCGGCAUUUGGUUUCAGCUCAAGCAUAACUUCAGCCUCCCCUUUCCAUACAACUUGGCUCUGCUACCCCUCACAAUCGUCGAAACAGUUCUUCGCUUCAUGAUCACAUGGUUCCCAGUGGAGGAGACCGCAUUUCCAGCUCACUGAAUCAUGCUCACCGUUGACUGAAAAGGCUUUUUUAAGAUUGUAGAUAGUACCGUGCCUAUAGGUCGCCAUUUGGAAGUUCAGAAGAGCAAGCAGUUGUGAUUCAAAGGUCUCACCUUGCACAGCUGCGGCAUUUAUCGAUUUGAGUGAACAAAACGAACGUGGAAGAUUGUUUGCUUCGAUGGUCCGCACAACGUGUAGAAGUUUGACAGCCACUUUGUACCUAAAUCACUGACAAGAGCACCAGGCUUGCUCUUAGUGUUGAUGUUAUCAGCCUGCCUUUGGA